AUGCCAUCCAGACUAGCCGAUGCUUUUCGAGCCCAUCCAGUACACCUCCAACCAAAGCACCUCCACGACUUCACCUCCCUAAAAGAGCUCCCGGACUCCUACAAAUGGGCCUCCGACGAGGACCAAUACCGAGCCCAGCCCGACCCGGCCCACCACGAACCGGUGCCCGUGGUCGACCUCUCGGACCCGAACGCCCUCGAGGAAAUCGGCCAUGCAUGCAGACGGUGGGGAGUGUUUCAAGUCGUCAACCAUGGAGUCCCCACCACCGUCCUCGACCGCAUGGAGAACGUCGCUAAAGGUUUCUUCAGCCUGCCAGCUCACCAGAAGCUCAAGGCGGCACGUUCCCCCGACGGGAUCUCCGGCUACGGCUUGGCCCGGAUCUCCUCCUUCUUCCCCAAGCUCAUGUGGUCGGAAGGGUUCACCAUGGUUGGCUCCCCAUUGGAGCAUUUCCAGAGAGUUUGGCCACAUGAUUACACCCAGUUCUGUGACGCCGUGGAAGAGUACGACAAGCAAAUGCAAAAGCUGGCACAAACGUUGAUGUGGCUAAUGCUUGGUUCUCUUGGGAUCACAAAGGAAGAUUUGAAUUGGGCUAAUAAUAGCAAUAGCACCACCACCACCACCCCAAGAGGUGGACCAAAGAAAGAGGUGGCUGCUGGCUCCUCCUCGGCUGCAAUCCAAUUGAACCACUACCCGGCUUGCCCCGACCCGGAUCGAGCCAUGGGUCUCGCCCCACACACCGACUCCACCCUUCUCACCAUCCUCCACCAGAGCAACACCAGUGGGUUGCAGGUGCUGAGGGACGACGGGGCCCGGUGGGUCACGGUCCCUCCGAUUCGAGGCGGGCUGGUGGUCCACAUCGGCGACCUGCUCCACAUAUUGUCCAACGGGUUGUGCCCGAGUGUGGUCCAUCGAGCCGUGGUUAACCGGGAUAGGAACCGGAUAUCAAUUGCCUACCUGCAUGGCCCACCUUCGAACGUGAGAAUAUCGCCCGUGCAAAAACUUGUGGGGCCAAGUCAACCUCCACUCUAUAGGGCAGUGACUUGGAAUGAGUACUUGGGCACAAAGGCCAAGCACUUCAACAAAGCACUAUCUUCAGUAAGGUUGUGUGCUGCUGCUCCCAUAAAUGGAUUAGUUGAUGCAAAAGAUCAGAAGAACAAUAAUAAUGCAGUGAAAGUUGGGUAG